UAGAAAGUGUUUAACCGCAGUGAUCCCACGUGGUUUGCCGUUUGCCGUUUGGCUCCGGUGUUGUUUUGCAAGACAGUCGUCCGGCAUUAUUGCAUUUGCAGCAUGUCCUGCCCAGCGUAUCCGUCCAGCCUUCACCACCAUUUUUACUCUCUCCCAAGUUCUUAAUAAGACGGCUGAGAUAACAUUGAACAAACAAACACACGAACAAUCAAAGCAACAAACAAAAUCAUAAAAUAAAAGAUGAGUAUCCAGGAUUACUAUGGUGGAGCGUCGGAAGAGCUGGACAUCGGACAAUUCGCAUACUGCGAGCUAACGCCGAUGGAUGAGGGCGAACAAUCCGACAGCGUUGCAAGUGAUCCUUCGCAAGACAUUUGGCAACCAGGAGAAGUAUCUCUGUUAAAACAGUUGUUCGAAUUUUUCAAAGAUAAAGGGCCAAAAGCAUAUCGAAAUAUAACUGCUGAACUGAAAAAACAUAAGUUUUAUUUCAACCCUUCUCAGGUUGAACAAAAACUGCGUCAACUAGGCCUUCAUAUCAGUUCUGUUGAGACUAGCCACGUCGGUAUAAGAGGUCGUAAUUUUAGCGAGGUGGAAGACACCCAAAUAUGCCGUUCGUGGAAAACAAUUACGAACGACGCAACCGUAGGGACGGAUCAAGCCAGGACGAAAUUUUGGGAAAAAAUUCAAUUACAUGCAGCUCGGCAUCAACCGUCGUUGGCCACAAGACCACCAGAUGCUUUACGGCAACGUUUCAACCAUCUGAAAAAACUAGUACAAAAGUACCUUGAUUGUGAGGUAUUUGCUUUCAGGCACCAAGGUAGUGGGACCUCAUAUGAAGACGUGUUAUCAAUCGCGUCUAAGAAUUUCAUGGUCCAAAACAACCUCAAGGAGUUUAGAUUGCAAGGCUGCAUAGAGGUUUUACGUAACGAACCAAAAUUUAACACGAACGUUACAAAAAGUGUUGACUCUAGCCUGCAAUCAAUACCGGACUUCGUCGAGUCUCCAACAACAUCAGAGAUGGAUUAUAGCGAACCAGCUACUCCAAGGAGCUCCGAAAACAGGCCCUUGGGCCAAAAAGCCAGCAAAUUUUCAAUAAACAAUAGCCGAAAAGAUGUAAUGGAGAAACUUGUUGAUAGUAUCAACAAGAAAAACGAUGUGCUAGCUCGCAAUGCUAAGGCUCUGGAAGAGGCAACAUCCGUCAAAAUAAUGGCAACCCCUAUUGAAAACCUUGACGAAGUUGCAAAGGAGUACUUCAUUUUAAAAAAAAAACUAAUUCUAAAAGAUCUUCAAAAAGAAACACAAGCCUUUGAAUCACUCAUAAGUGAAAGUGAUUCCGACUAG